UAUGAGCCUCCAUUUCUUAUACUACUGCAGUGAACCAACCUUGGAUGUGAAAAUUGCCUUUUGUCAGGGAUUCGAUAAACAAGUGGAUGUGUCAUAUAUUGCCAAACAUUACAACAUGAGCAAAAGCAAAGUUGACAACCAGUUCUACAGUGUGGAAGUGGGAGACUCAACCUUCACAGUUCUCAAGCGCUACCAGAAUCUAAAGCCUAUUGGCUCUGGGGCUCAGGGAAUAGUUUGUGCUGCGUAUGAUGCUGUCCUUGACAGAAAUGUGGCCAUUAAGAAGCUCAGCAGACCCUUUCAGAACCAAACACACGCCAAGAGAGCAUACCGGGAGCUGGUCCUCAUGAAGUGCGUGAACCAUAAAAACAUUAUUAGUUUAUUAAAUGUCUUUACACCCCAGAAAACGCUGGAGGAGUUCCAAGACGUUUACUUAGUAAUGGAACUGAUGGAUGCCAACUUAUGUCAGGUGAUUCAGAUGGAAUUAGACCACGAGCGAAUGUCUUACCUGCUAUACCAAAUGCUAUGUGGCAUUAAGCACCUCCACUCUGCUGGAAUUAUUCACAGGGAUUUAAAACCAAGCAACAUUGUAGUCAAGUCUGAUUGCACAUUGAAAAUCCUGGACUUUGGAUUGGCCAGGACAGCAGGCACAAGCUUCAUGAUGACUCCGUAUGUGGUGACACGUUAUUACAGAGCCCCUGAAGUCAUCUUGGGAAUGGGCUACAAGGAGAACGUGGAUAUAUGGUCUGUGGGAUGCAUUAUGGGAGAAAUGGUUCGCCACAAAAUCCUCUUUCCAGGAAGGGACUAUAUUGACCAGUGGAAUAAGGUAAUUGAACAACUAGGAACACCAUGUCCAGAAUUCAUGAAGAAAUUGCAACCCACAGUAAGAAACUAUGUGGAGAAUCGGCCCAAGUAUGCAGGACUCACCUUCCCCAAGCUCUUUCCGGAUUCCCUCUUCCCUGCGGACUCUGAGCACAAUAAACUCAAAGCUAGCCAAGCCAGGGACUUGUUGUCAAAGAUGCUAGUGAUUGACCCAGCAAAAAGGAUAUCAGUGGACGACGCCUUACAGCAUCCCUACAUCAACGUCUGGUAUGACCCUGCGGAAGUGGAGGCGCCUCCACCUCAGAUAUAUGACAAACAGCUGGAUGAAAGAGAGCACACCAUCGAAGAAUGGAAAGAACUUAUCUACAAGGAAGUAAUGAAUUCAGAAGAAAAGACUAAAAAUGGAGUAGUAAAAGGACAGCCUUCUCCUUCAGCACAGGUGCAGCAGUGAACAGCAGCGAGAGUCUCCCUCCAUCCUCGUCCGUCAACGACAUCUCCUCCAUGUCCACCGACCAGACCCUGGCGUCUGACACUGACAGCAGCCUGGAAGCCUCGGCAGGACCCCUGGGUUGUUGCAGGUGACUAGCCGCCUGCCUGCGAAACCCAGCGUUCUUCAGGAGAUGACGUGAUGGAAAACACACACACGCAGACACUCACGCACACACACACACACACACGCAGACACGCAACAUCAAGAAAUAGCAAGGGAGAGAAUCCAAGCCUAAAAUUGAAACAGAUCUUUCAGCCUGCUUCUUGCCCCGAGUCCUGUAUUGCAGCUAAGCUCAAACGCAUAUUUAACUUCUAGUUGCUCUUGCUUUGGUCUUCUUCCAACGAUGCUUACUACAGAGAGCAAAUCAGACACAAUUAGAGGAGCCUUUUCCAUAAAGUGUAAUUUUAAUGGCUGCAAAACCAGCAACCUGUAACUGCCCUUUCAAAUGGCAUGACAAGGUGUGCAGUGGCCCCGUCCAGCAUGUGUGUGUCUCUAUCUCGCAUCUACCUGCUCCUCUGGCCUAGUCAGAUGGAUGUAGAUACAGAUCCGCAUGUGUCUGUAUUCGCAGCACCACUCACGUAGAGAUGCUACUGUCAGUGUCCUCAGGGCUCUCCCAAGACGCCGUGCACUGGGGCGCCACCUGGUCCAUUUCACGUGAUCUAUUACUCUGACAUAAACCCAUCUGUAAUAUAUCGCCAGUAUAUAAGCUGUUUAGUUUGUCAAUUGAUUAAGCUGUAUGUCUUAUAAGAAAACAUGUAAAGGGGGAAAACAUGGGGGGAGUGAGCUCUCUUGGACCCUUGGAGAUGUAGCUUCCAAAUUUGAACCGAUUAAAUGGCACCUGUAUACCAAUCUGCAGAAAGAACAUAUUUGAUGCUCAUGUGAAGCGAGGGGGGAGGGGCGAAAGCUUUCAGGCGCCACGCGGCUUGGCCUGGAGCAGGCAGGUGUGAGUGGAAGCUGAGGGCCCUCCCUGUGACAGCGGGCAGCGGGCGAGACCAGAGAGUGGUGUUGCAGCGGGGACUGAGACAGAAAGCAGAUUGUUACCCAGACACUAGGAGACACCGACAUCCAUCUCUUUGAGAGUUGACCGCAUGUCAUUUCCUCAAAUUAUCUGUCACAACAGGAGGCUGCUGGAGAAAGUGGAGGUGGCGAGGCAGGGUCGUUGCGUACAUGUUGAUGGUAAGAAUCUCUCCCCAGAACUGAGCGGGAUCGCCUCCAUAAGAUUUCCUUAAACAGAAAAAUGAGCCUACCUAGAUCACCUUCAGAUUGUCCAUUGUGUUUUCCAUGUGUGGUCUCCUUCCCAAGCUCAUACCCUGCCAAAGUUUUACUUUUGAGAAAAAAUACUACUUUCCUCGUCUGGAAUAAAAAAAAAAAGUAGUUCAUAAAAAUGAACCCCCCAAAGCACAGGGUGAUCCUCAGGUUAGCAUUUGGAAACAUCUCCAGAGACGUUGUUGUUCCUCAGGGGUUUCCCUGACUCCUUCAUGUGGCUGAUGUUUCAUGUUUAUUUGUUUAUUUUCAUAAGGUUGAACAAUCAAAGAAGGGCUGAUAAUCUGAAUUCCGUAGUGCAGUAGAUACGAGAGCAAUAACUCUGCUGCUACGUAGCUUUAGCAAUAGGAGUUUGUCUGAAAAGCCAUGAAACAUUAAUGUCGAUGUUCAGCGAAAUCUCCUGAAUUUAGGUUAAAUUAAGUGAAAGUGCUUUUCUGUGCACUAAGGAGGCACUGUGAAACACCUUGGUCACAUACAAGUCAAUGCCAAGGUGACUUCUCAGCAAUAAUCGGCCCCAGGCAUGGGCUUCCCUUCUCACUUACUCUGGUGAAGUGUCCAUCACAGUUAUUUGCACUCUGACCAUUUUGGUGCUCACCAGUGUGGUGAUAUUUCACCUGAAGAAGAAGCGAAACGCAGGAAACGGAUGGUUGUUGAGUGUGAUAUGACUGGCGAAUGGAAUCUCCUCAAAACCAGAGCAGACGAGAAUGCCUGUGCUCUGGAAACUGCCUUAAAUACAGUGACAGGGAAGCUCUGUCUCCUGCCAAGCAACAGAGUCAGCAGGGAGCCGCAACCCUGCUCCAUCCCUAUGUCAGCGUGCUGCCAUCUCUGGGAUUGCUGCACACUGGGAUUCAGGACAAAAGGCUAUUUGUUUAAAACGGAGAGAAAAACAUCAGCUUGUGCCACUUGUCCCGUGGAAUAAAAAUGGCCCAGUUUCUC